AUGUGGCUCUAUAUGAAGCUAACCUUCCCGGACAAACUCCUUGUUUUGCUUCUCCUUUCUUCCCUGCUCUCUGCCCAGCUAAGCAGCAAUUUUGACCCCAGGAUGUCUUCAAUCAAGGAACCCACUCCAUCCACCUCCAAUUUAAACUCCACAGAAGUAGAGGAGCUUGCUGGUAGUACGCAGCCUCCAAGUGUAAGCACAAAUCCUCAAGUAGCAGUAGAAGAAGAGCAAGCCUGGUAUGAGCCUGAAAAUUACCUAUAUACCGGUGAUGCCUCUCUCCUGAGUUCCUCAAGAUGCCAGAAUUCUUUCCAGUUGACUGCUCAGCCUGGUGCUAUCCCGCAAGACCUCAAAGACCUCCUCUACCAGCCUACUGUGUCCUUGACUAACACAGUGAACUUCCUCAAUCUUAUCUUUCAGGCAAGUGAACUAAGGGAGACAAGCGUAAGAGAGGACAUAGAGUGGUACCAUGCACUGAGCCGCUCCUUGCUUGUUGGUGAAAGUCCUGGUCUGGUAAGAAAUGCUCUGCUAAGCUUUGAUGCUGAUCCUACAGCACCUCAUCCACAGUUAGUGCUCUGGGCCUCUAAGGGCUCAUCUCAGGACAUCUACCUACAGGACCUCACUUUGACCUGGGAAAAACUUCACUUAUUGCCCCAUGGCCUUAAUCAGAGCUGGUUUACCUUACUAAAGUCCAACACCCCGUAUUUUCCUAGCCUGUCAAAACAGGUCCUGCUAAAUGACCUCAGCACCUUGGACACACCGAAGUGGGCACAUGGGGGCACCUAUGUAACUAACAGCAGUGGACUGCAGUGGGGUGAGGCCCCAUUCUUGGAGUGUAAGGAAGAACGUUACCUGCCUGGAUGGCUGCUUACACUUUCUAUGCCUUUUCAUGGGCUAAAGCCAGACCUCAGUCCUGAGUUCAGAGGUGUGAUCCGUGUAGAUGUGAAUAUCCAGGAUUUUGAUGUAAACCAGUGUUCCACUGGAGAUUUCUGGUUUGCUGACACACAUCAGUGUAACCGUACGAGCAUGGAGUGUCAGCCGAUUCCUAGGCAGGGGUUUCGUCUUGGCCAGUACUGCUGCCGAUGUAAAGAGGGAUACUACAGUCUGCCAGCUGUCACAGAAGAUCAACUGGAUGAUAGUUCCAGUAGUUCCCACGGCUGCUACCCAGUGAUUCCUGUAUGUGUGCCAUGCUGGCCGGGCUGUAAGCAGUGUCAGGAUGGCUCCCCAUGCUGGGUUCAGGAGGACUGGCAUCUGAGAGCAGUGCUGCUAACUGUGCACAGCUUCUUCAUGGCACUUGUGCUUAUCAGCAUGCUGAGAGUAUACCAAUGCCAGAGGACAAGACCAAUUCGAGCAUCUGGUCUCCUGUUGCUGGAGAUUAUUCUCUUCGGGUCUCUGCUUCUUUACUUUCCUGUUUUGAUAAUAUAUUUCAAACCCAGCACAUUCCGCUGCAUCCUGUUGCGUUGGGUCCGUUUGCUCGGCUUUGCCAUUGUCUACGGCACUGUCACUCUGAAAAUGUACAGGAUUCUGAAUGCAUUCCUCUCAUGCACUGCCCAGAGAGUUCCCUACAUGUCCAGUACCAGUGUGCUCAAGAUGCUGGGAGUGAUGGUGCUAACUGUGAAAUGGUUUUUGUGUGCUUGGACUGUGGGGGUCCUUCAAAACCAGGACCGCAACAUCCCUCAGUUAAUUACAUUAACCACUGCAGAUGGGCAGAGUUUCAAGGUGUGUGAUUUGGACCGGUGGGAUUACAUGAUGGCUAUCGCGGAGCUGCUGUUCUUGUGCUGGGGGAGCUCCCUCAGUAGCGCGGUGAAGUCUGUGCCCUCUGCCUUCCACGAGCCUCGCUACAUGGGCAUCGCCAUCCACAACGAACUGCUUUUCUCCACUGUGUUUCAUCUUCUCAGAUUCGUAAAGCCAUCUCUACACCCUGACUGGAUGCUCUUGCUGUUCUUUUUCCACAUACAUUUCACAAUCGGUGUAACACUUGGCCUGCUGUUUUUUCCUAAGUUCCUUCACAUAUCUCAGCUCAUAAAAGAGGAUAUUGCUUCAGAGAUGUAUGAGGAUGAAGUGGAACUACCACGUUCAUGUUUACAUCUGAAUAAUAGUUUUACAUCCGCCUGCUGGAGUGACCACAACCUGGACCCUGAUGACAUUCGGGGUGAGCUGAAGAAACUUUAUGCUCAGUUGGAAGUCCAUAAGACCAAGAAAAUGGAAAACAAGAACCCACACCUACAAAAAAAACGCAGCUCUCGCCUCCUGCUUGGCCGGUCCCUUAUUAGACGAAUAGCUGAGAUCCCAGAGAGCACGAGUCGGCAGGGUAGCCGUAAAAAUAAGGAUACUUCAGGAGCUGGAGGACAACAAAAAAGGUCUGCGUCUUGCCUGGCAACGUCUGAAAGCACCCAUGUCAUUAUAAGGAAUGAGACAGCAAAGCUGCCAUCACCAGAGACACAAAGGUGUGUGGCACUGAAGGAUUCCUCAUUGAUAAAUCCUUCAUUAAAUAUCUGCAUGACAAAGAGGGCCUCUGAGACAGAGUCCAUCGACACAGCACCACUUUUCUGCAAGUCAUUGAGUGCUCAAAACCUAGCUGUAGACAACAACUUUCUACAUCCACUGCCCACCCGGGUUCAGAAAUCAUUUAGCUUUACAGAAAAGCACAGGGAUCAUUAUCCUCUUUCUCCAACUAAGAACACAGUGAAUGCAUCAGAUGUUUUUAAAACAAGCCUAAAAGAUAAGUUGUUUGAUAAGGCUGAGAUUAAAGAACAGCCUACAGACUCAAACAUGCCAAACCAAAAACAAGUCUCUGAGCAUGAAACCUUAACACCAAAGGUUACAUCACCCCCUGCACUACUAUAUGUUUGCCCCUGGGAAUUUGCGUCUUCCCUGCCCUCCUCUUCUUCUCCUGUGGCAAAGGUAGAGAGCGGUCUAGACUCAGAUGUUGAAUCUCCAAGGCCAAAACCUCCAAUCUCCUCAAGUGCUCCAGGAUCACCAUAUUCCUUUGCCAAGCCAAUGGCCCACUGUGGUUUCUCUUUCCAUUCUACUACCCAGACUGUCCUUUUAGCAAGGAGCGUGGUGGCUAAAAAAAGGAAUAGCAAAUAUAGCAAUAAAAACAAACUUGGCAAAGAAGAGGUUUCAUCACAACAGACCAGAUCAAUGACUCUAAGCAAUGCAAUAAAGUCAGUGAAAAAUACACCACAAACACCAAUACGUUCUAGGACAUGUGGUGAUUCAAAACCUCGCCUUGUGAAACAGACAGCAAUAAGUGAAUCCCCAGACAGGAACUCCAUAUGCAAUGCCCCACAACAUACUCACCAGUGGGAGUUUAAAGACAUGAUGUGUAAAAAUAUAACACAUAGUCAGAACUGCAGCAAGCACAGUCUUUGUCCGGCUUCUAGUAUUGAGAGAACCAAAGUGUCCUGGCACCAAGAUAGAGCUUUUUUGUCUGCUCCAAGAUCAACAGUGUGUAGAUGGGAUGUUCCAAAACCAACUUAUCGGCAAAGCAGCAUCGCUGAUAUUUGCCCAUGGGAAGUGAAGCAGCAAGAUCUAUUACAGCCUAAAGAUUUGUAUGCUGAUGAUGGUCCAGCAAUUAGAAAAAACAGCAUCAGCGAGAAGAUGGACAAAGAUACCAGUGCACAUACUGCACAAGGGGCAAGGGUUAAUCGUCCUCUGACUCGAUGUGAUGCAUUGUGUCCAUGGGAAAUAAAAGCAGGAUCACAAGCAUCCAUUACCCUGUAUGAUAAUAACCCAGACAUAUUCACAUGGGAAGAACCAAUAGCAGAAGAAGGAAGUGAUGCAGAAUCAGCAGCAGAGGCCUUUAUCUUUCCACCUGACGUGUAA